AUUUCGUCAUUUCCAGUGACGUCAGGACAUCAUGGCGGCGCAUAUGGCUCGAUACUGUAUUUGUCUUUGCGGUAAUAUACUCGCUCGUUUAAUCGUGUCUCCGCAUGCAGUAAAGCCUUGGUGCGUUCGGACUAGUCAACUAAACAGUCUGCAGCCGAGCGCUGGUUAUGCAAAUCGUGGGCCAGAUAACGAGCAGGAUGUCCAAGUACACGUUCCAGUAGACCGCCUAACAGUGUCUUACAGUCGGAGCAGUGGCCCUGGUGGUCAGCAUGUCAACAAAGUCAACACAAAAACAGAGAUCAGAUUUCAUGUGUUAACUGCAGACUGGAUCCCAGAAGAUGUGCGACAGAAAAUCAUGGAAAAAAACCAAAAUCGAAUCAACAAGGCUGGCGAGUUGAUGGUAACCUCAGAGCUGAGUAGGAGCCAGCAGAGGAACUACGGUGACUGCAUACAGAAGAUCUCAGCCAUCGUUGCUGAAGCCAGCGUGAAGCCACACGAGCCAACGCCAGAAGAUAUCGCCCUCAGGAACUCAAGGCUAGACAAGAGAAACAAGGAGCGAAUCAGACAGAAGAAGAUCCAUUCUGCUAUCAAACAGAGCAGGCGACUGGAGUUUGAUUAACUGUUUAAUGUAUUUAUUCUGUUUUCUUUGUAAUAAAAUCAUUUUGAAAAAUCCA